GGGAAGUUGCAGGGGGAACCUGGAGCUGAAAAGAGAGGGAGAAGUUGGAAGACCCCCCUGUCCCCCCACUGACCACCCCCUCAUCAUUCUUGGGGAUCAGACACAAAGACUUUAGGGCUCCGAACUUUCCUGGGGUCCCCCCACACUGUGUCUCUUUGUGGCUGUGGGGUCUCUGUGCUGUCUCUGGGGUGUCUCUGAGUCUCCAGCUCUGAGCCCGGGGAGGGGUCGCCCCCUGCCACGCACACCCCCAGCAGCUCCCGCCCCUCGGAGCCUGGCAAGGCGGGCACAGCCGAGGGCAUCUUGGCGGCAGAGUCCUGGGGGCGGACGGUGCCCGGUAGCCCGGACCCAGAGCAGCCGGGGCCGGCCUGAGCCCCUCCUGGACCCCCGCCCAGUCCUCCUGGCCCCAACCUCAUCUCUCCCCUUCGCUUUUCCUCCUUUUUUUCCUCCCUUCCCUUUCCCCCGCUUUCUCCCUCUCUGCCAGGCCUAGAUUUCCGUUUCCCUUCCCGGAGUCAGGAGACCCCCCUCAGCCGGGUUGCUCCUCUGGACCCCUGGCCCUGUUCCGGCCCGGUUCGGCCCCGCUCAGCAGUGAUGUUUGCCUCCCGGGACAAGCCUCCGGUGGAGGGGGAACCCGAGGGGCUGCGGGGCUUCGCCAUCGACAAGACCUUCUUCACCUCCCUCAAAGGCCUCUUGCUGGAGGCCGAGCUGGCUCUGACCUUCAUCAUCUUCAUCCUGUUCACGGCGUCCAUCUCAGCCUACCUGGUGGCUGCCCUGCUGGAGUUCUUCAUCACCCUGGCCUUCCUCUUCCUUUAUGCCACUCAGUACUACCAGCGCUUCGAACGCCUCAACUGGCCCUGCCUGGAUUUCCUCCGCUGUGUCACCGCCAUCAUCAUUUUCCUGGUCGUCUCCUUUGCGGCCAUCAUGGUCCGGGAUGGAGCUGCAAUUGCUGCCUUCGUCUUCGGCCUUCUCCUCGUCGCCGUCUUUGCUUACGAUGCCUUCAAGAUCUACCGGGCGGAGAUGGUGCCCGAUCCCUCCUACCUGCAUGGCUCAGGCUGUGCCCGGGGGACCAAUGGGGAUUGACUCCAACCUGGGCACCCUCCCCGCCACCCUGAAUCCUCACCCACUCCUGGUUCCAGGGAGGUACAGGCCGCAGGGUCCGAGGGGGAGCGAGAGGAGGAGGAUGGUUCCCCUGUCUCCUCUGGCUCCAGAACUCUGCUCUCCUGGCUCCUGGACCCCACCCCUGCAGCUCAGCACCCUGCUCCCCUGGUUUCUAGCACCCUGCUUCCCUGGCUCCAGCACCCUGCCCUCCCACCCAGUCCCUCCCAGGGCCUGCAGGAGGAUGAGAUGGACAAUUCAGCCAACUCACUGCUUUCCGGACCCUCCCCCCAACCCCGGGAAUAUUGGCUCCAGGACCCCGUAUUCUGAAGGAUGAAGGAGAUGGCGAGGGGGACAGGGUGGUGUGGGGAGGGGGAAGGGGUAUCCAAGGAAUCCUGGGGACAGUCACAACCAUUA